AUGGCCACGGCCACUGUUGCCGCGGCGGCCACCGCCAUUGCGGCUUGCACAACUGCCAUCGUCGCCGCCUCCGCCAUCUCUACACCGCAAGAAGAUGCGAUACCUUCAAUUCCAUACUGCCAUGUUGAUCCGUCAAGGAAAAUGGCUCCACGGGUGCCGCCACGGGUGCCUCAACGAACAAUUGCUGAAAUUGAUACAGAAUUUGAUGAGCUUGCCUUUGCUUUAUCCAAAGAUCCAAGGGACCAAUUGACCUCUGGUGAAAUAACAACCAGGUUACGUUCACGUGGCUCUCGAACUGACAAUGAACGUGAUCAAUUUGAUUCAGAUGUGGCAAUGGAUGAAAAUAAUCAAAUAAAUGCUGCAACACACAACACUGAAGGCCUUGCUAAGAGUGGAAGAAAACUUACAAUUAACAAUCAACUUCACAAGAGAAGAGCAAAAGGAAAGCAUAUUGAUAUAAAGUUCCCUAAAGAAUUUGCAAAAGUGUGUGGAGAACAUGCUAGUUUAUUUAAAAGUGAGAUAACAGUUCUUGUAAGAACUGUACCACUCCAAGUGAAGAAGUGGAGGGACAUGGAUAAGUUUCAUCCUGGUACUACUACAUCUAUUUGGAGAAAACUAAAGGUUAUCAUUGCAUUUAGUGGCUGGUUAUUACAAUAUAUCUUUGCUGUACAACAAAAGUUUCUUGAGCUUUCAGAAGAAGAUAAAGAUUGUGCCAUGAGACAAGUAGAGAGUCAAUAUAAUAAUCGGCGUUACCGUCUACUUCAAGCUUACCGAAACAACAAGCCAAGGCCACAACAUGUCUCACUAGAAGGUUGGCAAUGGUUGAUAAGGAAUUUGUGGACGGAUGAUGAUUUUCAGAAAAAGAGCAACCAAAACUCUAUCAACAGAGGAAAGCAAGAGAUGGGGUCCAAAGUAGGAACUAGACCAAUUGCUCAAAUCACUUACCAUCUACGAGACCCAGAAGCUGGUGAAUGGCCUACUGCUAUGCAAGUUUGGAAGGCUACAUAUCAAAAGGCUAAUGGGACAUGGUCCAUUCCAACGGGUGAAGAAAUAAUGACCAAACUACAUGAAGCUGCUGGGAUACAUCAAGAAAAGAUUUCUUCUGCGCCCGUGCCAAUAGUGGAGCACUUCGCACUAGUUCUUGGUCGAAAGCCAAACCAUUCACGCGGUGUUGGCAUUCGUGAUGUAAACCGAGUGGCUGAGGAAAGAAUCAGAUUGCAGGCGCAAAUUGAGGCUUCAAAAUAG